CGUUCAUCUGGUUAAGUGAGUCAUUCGACCGAACUUCUUCGGAACGAUUCGAUACAAAAGUCUACAAAGAAAGGACGCAAAGGACGCACAAGCGACGCAUACACAAACGAAAUGCCACGGAAUGUGGGAGAUGCCGGCAACGGCGGCACUGGCUCCAGUGCCACCAGCGACGGCUGCAUAUAUCCCGACGAUAUCAUACUCGAAAAGGGCGUAACAUUCAAUGUUCGUUACACGGGCUGCGUUGAGGUCAAAACCUCCAUGAAAUCGCUGGACUUUGAGACGCGAACGCUUCUCGCACGUGAAUGCAUUAAUCGGGUAUGCGAAGCGGCUGGCUUGAAAUCGGCAAGCAAACGGCGUCUGGACAAAAAGCUGCACAACUUUAUAUCGGAUCGGCCGAGCAUGCAGCAUGCGGGUACCAACAUCAUUAUCAAUGUGUCGAGUCGAGCGCUGACGCUGAGCAAUGUGGAGACGGGCGAGGUGAUCGCCAGCCACAAUAUGCCAAGGAUAUCCUUUGCAUCCGGUGGCGACAACGACACCCUUGAUUUUCUCGCCUACAUUGCCAAGCGGGAGGGCGAUGAGUGGCGUGCCUGUUAUGUGCUGGAGUGUGGCGGCGGGCAGAGCGAGGAUCUGAUUGUGACCAUUGGCAAGGCGUUUGUGUUGCGCUUCAACGCCUUGAGCCGGCAGAAUGAUCAUUUAGCAAGUGCUGCAGCUGCGGAGAAUAUGAACCAGAGCUGCAAGGAGAAUGUGAAAGAGUAUUACAAUGAUUUACCCAACAAGCUGCCGCCGGAGUUGCCAUUCGAGGAGCAACACGAGCAGCAACAGCAGCCAGGACAACUUCCACUUCAUCCGCACGCGCCGCGCGUCGCUCAAUUGAAUUUGCGGAAGCCCCGCGAUCGCUUGAGCAGCAAUCUCAUUGAUCUUAACUCCCCGCCACCCGAUCAAACCACCAACAAACUGGCCCUUGGCAACUUUGAUCCGCUGCAGCAGCAGGCAGCAGCCACUGUUGCUGCCACAACUGCAACGGCAAGUGCAACUGCAGCCGCCCCCAACUCUCACUCCAUACGCGAUGUAUUCGAUGGGCCGCAAUGUCCUUUGACUGCCGAAGUUUGGUUCCAUGCCGCCAUCUCGCGGCCCAUCUCGGAGCGUCUGCUGCAGCAGGACGGAGAUUUUUUGGUGCGCGAAUCGCAGGGCAAGCGGGGCCAGUAUGUGCUGACCGGACUGGAGGGGAAGGCACCGAAGCAUCUGCUGCUCAUCGAUCCAGAGGGCGUGGUGCGAACCAAAGAUCGCAUUUUCGACAGCAUCAGCCAUCUGAUAAACUAUCAUUGGGUGCAUGCACUGCCAAUCAUAUCCGAGGAUUCCGAGCUGGUCUUGCGGAAUCCGGUGCGCAGGCCAGCCAACAACAAUCUCGAUUCUCAGACAGCCGACAACAACAAUGCAUAAUCACAAUCCUUCAUAUACACCACAUAUUCUAUAUAUACAUAUUCGUGUACACACUUAGGA